CCAGUCCUUUAAACGCCGCCGUCGGGGGUGGGCGGAGGAUUGAUGUCCCUUCAGCAUCAUGCAGCCGCCGCCGAGGAAGGUGAAAGUUACACAAGAGCUGAAGAACAUUCAAGGUGAGCAGAUGACAAAACUUCAAGCCAAACAUCAGGCGGAGUGUGACUUACUUGAAGAUAUGAGGACUUUCAGUCAGAAGAAGGCUGCUAUUGAAAGAGAGUACGCACAGGGUAUCCAGAAGUUGGCUAGUCAAUAUCUGAAGAGAGAUUGGCCUGGAAUAAAAAGUGAUGAGCGGAAUGAUUACAGGAGUAUGUAUCCUGUUUGGAAAUCUUUUCUUGAGGGGACAAUGCAGGUAGCCCAGUCUCGGAUCAAUAUAUGUGAAAACUAUAAAAACUUCAUUUCUGAACCUGCAAGGACAGUAAGAAGCUUAAAAGAACAACAACUAAAACGGUGUGUGGACCAGUUGACAAAGAUCCAAACAGAAUUACAAGAAACUGUGAAAGAUUUAGCGAAAGGCAAAAAGAAGUACUUUGAGACUGAACAGAUGGCUCAUGCAGUCAGAGAGAAAGCUGACAUUGAAGCAAAGUCUAAACUUAGUCUUUUUCAAUCAAGAAUCAGUUUACAGAAAGCAAGUGUGAAGUUAAAAGCCCGGCGAUCUGAGUGUAAUUCCAAAGCGACCCACGCAAGGAAUGAUUACCUUCUUACACUAGCAGCCGCAAAUGCACAUCAGGACCGCUACUAUCAAACAGAUUUAGUUAACAUUAUGAAGGCUCUUGAUGGAAAUGUGUAUGACCACCUCAAGGAUUAUUUAAUAGCUUUCAGCCGGACCGAGCUAGAAACUUGCCAAGCUAUACAGAACACAUUCCAGUUUUUACUAGAAAACUCCAGCAAGGUGGUACGGGACUAUAACCUUCAGCUGUUUCUACAAGAGAAUGCUGUGUUUCACAAGCCUCAGCCCUUCCAGUUCCAGCCUUGUGACAGUGAUACUAGUUUAAAAGCCGCCCAACUGGUGGAUAUUGAGCUCUCCCCUGUCAGUGCUCUGAGAAUGACCAUAGCUGAGAGUCGACAAUUAGAAUCAGAAACUGGUACCACAGAGGAACACAGUCUAAAUAAGGAGGCUCGGAAAUGGGCCACACGUGUGGCACGUGAGCACAAAACUAUUGUUCAUCAGCAGCGGGUUCUAAAUGAUCUGGAAUGUCAUGGAGUUGCUGUAUCAGAACAAAGUCGAGCAGAGCUGGAACAGAAAAUAGAUGAAGCUAGAGAAAAUAUCCGUAAAGCAGAGAUAAUUAAAUUGAAAGCUGAAGCCCGGUUAGAGCUACUAAAGCAGAUUGUUUCUGUGGACACGUGGCUGAAGAGCGCCAUGAACCAAGUAAUGGAGGAACUAGAAAAUGCGUGGGCCCGCCCUCCAGCCGUGACCAGCAACGGCACUCUACAUUCGCUUAAUGCAGAUGCUGAAAGAGAAGAAGGAGAAGAGUUUGAAGACAACAUGGAUGUUUUUGAUGACAGCAGCUCCAGCCCUUCUGGCACUUUAAGGAAUUACCCACUUACCUGCAAAGUUGUUUAUUCCUAUAAGGCUUCUCAACCAGAUGAGUUGACCAUUGAGGAGCAUGAGGUGUUAGAAGUGAUUGAAGAUGGAGAUAUGGAAGACUGGGUAAAGGCUCGAAAUAAAGUUGGACAAGUGGGUUAUGUUCCAGAAAAAUACCUACAAUUUCCCACCUCAAACAGCCUACUGAGCAUGCUGCAGUCCUUGGCUGCUUUGGACAGUCGGUCCCACACAUCCAGCAAUUCUACAGAAGCAGAACUCGUUUCAGGCAGCCUCAAUGGAGAUGCUAGUGUCUGUUUUGUGAAAGCACUUUAUGAUUAUGAGGGCCAGACGGAUGAUGAAUUGUCCUUUCCUGAGGGAGCAAUUAUCCGUAUCUUGAACAAAGAAAACCAGGAUGAUGAUGGCUUCUGGGAAGGGGAGUUCAAUGGUCGAAUUGGCGUUUUCCCAUCGGUGCUAGUGGAAGAACUCUCAGCCUCAGAGAAUGGUGACACUCCGUGGACAAGAGAGAUUCAGAUCUCUCCAUCCCCCAAGCUGCACACAUCCCUGCCUCCACUGCCGCUGUAUGACCAGCCUCCCAGCAGCCCUUAUCCCAGUCCAGAUAAGAGGAGCUCCCAGUUCUUCCCCCGGUCUCCUUCAGCCAAUGAAAACAGCCUUCAUGCCGAAUCACCAGGGUUCUCACAAGCAUCAAGGCAGACUCCUGACACCUCAUAUGGCAAGCUGCGGCCUGUCCGGGCGGCACCCCCACCACCCACACAGAACCACCGACGGCCAGCUGAGAAAAUGGAGGAUGUAGAGAUCACACUGGUGUGACAGUGGGUUUACCUUCCGUUCUUGCUACAAUCGAGGCCGGGCUUGGAGUUUGGCCAGUUGUUUCUAGGCACCUUUGCAUGAUGAUGACUCUUGAACAGAGCAAAACCGAGGAGGAUUCUAUGUGACUGGUUGGCCUGAUUGUGCCUUUUUUGUUGUCAUUUUCUAUGUCAUCUCUCCUACCAUAGCACAAACCAUAGCGGGUCCUAGAAGCAGAGGGGAGCAGCUCUCAUGCCUUAUGGUGGCCCAUUUUUAUAUGAGACUCAAGGCCAGGCCCAGAUCCAGGCACAGACCCAG